CAGGGCGGUGCCCGGCGGAGGAAGAUGGCGCCGUGAGCGGGUCGGAGCCGCCGCCGCCCCCGGCCGCUGGAGGACAGCAUGGCUGCCACUGCUGCCGUCAGCCCCAGCGAAUACCUGCAGCCCGCCGCCGCCUCCGCUGCCCAGGACUCCCAGCCCUCUCCCCUGGCCCUGCUGGCAGCCACAUGUAGCAAGAUCGGUCCCCCCGCCGUGGAAGCCGCCGUGACGCCGCCGGCGCCUCCCCAGCCCACCCCUCGCAAACUGGUGCCCAUCAAACCCGCCCCGCUGCCCCUGGGCUCGGCCAAGAACAGCAUUGGCAUCCUGUCCUCCAAGGGGAACCUCUUCCAGAUCCAGGGAUCCCAAGUGGGCACCUCCUACCCCGGGGGCCAGCUGGUUUUUGCCAUCCAGAACCCGGCCGUGCUCAACAAAGGCUCGCGCUCCUCGUCUUCGUCGUCCUCCUCUUCCUCCUCCAACAUCCAGUACCAGGCGGUGCCACAGCUGCAGCCUGGCACGGCUCAGACCAUCCAGGUGCAGCCCAACCAGAUCCAGAUCAUCCCAGGCACCAACCAGGCCAUCCUCACUCCAUCCUCCUCAUCCUCACACAAACCCGUGCCCAUCAAACCGGCGCCGGCGCAGAAAGCGGGAACGGCGAGCGGCGUGGUCAAACUGCCCGGGGGUGGCAACGUCACCUUAACCCUGCCAGUCAACAACCUGGUGAGCCCUGAGGGAAGUGGGCAGGGCCAGCUGGUCACGGACAGCCCCUCCAAACCGGGUAAAAAACCUCGGAAAAAGGCAAUGUCCCCCGCCCAGCCGGCCGCCGUGGCCGUGGCGGAGCAGGUGGAGACGGUGCUGAUCGAAACGACAGCAGAGAACAUCAUCCAGGCUGGGAACAACCUGCUGAUCGUGCAGAGCCCUGCCUCAGGGCAGCCAGCAGUGGUGCAGCAGGUGCAGGUGGUGCAGCCCAAGCAGGAGUCGCAGGUGGUGCAGAUCCCGCAGCAGGCGCUGCGCGUGGUGCAGGCGGCCUCGGCCACGCUGCCCACCGUGCCGCAGAAAUCCUCGCAGAACUUCCAGAUCCAGGCGGCAGAGCCCACUCCCACCCAGAUCUACUUCAAGAGCCCUUCUGGGGAGCUGCAGACCGUGCUGCUGCAGGAGCAGCCUCCCUCCUCGGGGACAUCGUGCGGCAGCCCCGGGCCCGCGGCCGGCCCCGCGCGCAAACCGGCCCCGCGCAAGGAGCGGCCGCUGCCCAAGAUCGCCCCGGCCGGGGGCAUCCUGAGCCUCAACGCUGCACAGCUGGCAGCAGCUGCACAGGCCAUGCAGACCAUCAACAUCAACGGGGUGCAGGUGCAGGGGGUGCCUGUCACCAUCACCAACAGCGGAGGCCAGCAGCAGCUGACGGUGCAGAACGUGUCCGGCAACAACGUGACCAUCAGCGGGCUGAGCCCCACCCAGAUCCAGCUGCAGAUGGAGCAGGCGCUGGCCGGGGACGUGCAGCCUGGGGAGAAGAGGAGGAGGAUGGCCUGCACCUGCCCCAACUGCAAGGAUGGUGACAAGAGGCCUGGCGAUGGCAGCAAGAAGAAGCACAUCUGCCACAUCCCCGAGUGCGGGCGGACGUUCCGCAAGACGUCGCUGCUGCGGGCGCACGUGCGGCUGCACACGGGCGAGAGGCCCUUCGUGUGCAACUGGGUGUUCUGCGGCAAGCGCUUCACGCGCUCCGACGAGCUGCAGCGGCACGCGCGCACACACACAGGUGACAAACGCUUCGAGUGCGCGCAGUGCCAGAAACGCUUCAUGCGCUCCGACCACCUGACCAAGCACUACAAAACCCACCUGGUCACCAAGAACUUGUAGGGCUGGCACCCCCACACCCACCCCUGCCACCCCAAACCCAUCCCAACCCCGGAUCCACGGGCCAGCACUCCCAGGAGGGGACCUUGGGGACAAUCCCCGUUCCCAAAAAACGCGCAGAGCACCCCAGAAAGGAGCAGGGGGGGUCACUGCGACCCCACAGCCUCAGGGGGGGUGACCCAGAGCCCCCCAAAUUUGGGGCAGGAGCCCGGGAGAGGCUCCACAGCACAUUCCUUACUUUAUAUUUAAAGUCUAUAAAUAGCUAUAAAUAUCUAUAUAACCCCUUUGGAAAAAAUCCCUUUUUUUCUAUGGAGAUCGUUGCCUUACACUCCCCCUCUCCCAGAUCCCCACCCUGUGGAUCAUGAGUGCUUUUUUAAUCUAUUUAAUCCCCUUGGAUUUCUCUCCCAAAACUCAAUUUUUUCCCCCCUCUCAUGGCCAAUUCCUCUCUCCCAAUUUUUAUUUCCGAGCAACGUCGGCAUUUUCCCUUUUUUCUCUUUAUUUUUUUGUUUGGAAUUUUGGGACUUCAUCCCCCCUUUUAUUUUUAUUUUUUUUUUCCUGCCCUGUGUGUGAACUCCCCCUUUGUGUACAGUGUACAUUGUAUCAUAGAUUAUAUUGCUUUGGAGCUUUUAAAUUAAACAAAUCCACUUUAUUUUUUAGUUGUUUUCCCUGGAUUAUGUGAUGGAUCUGUUCCCAGUUUUCUGAGCUGUACCCGGAGGCAGCCGGGAGCUUUUCCUUGCUAAAUAAAUUUAGUCACCAGAGGCAAA